AUGCAAUUUAUAUUGAAUACAAGUAGUAGUGACUUACUACCUCCAUAUUCAGAUAAAGUAAUACUACCUCAACAUGUACUUUCAUCUAUUAUCAAUGAAAUUCCUGAAAAUAAAUUACCACAUCCAUUAAUUUUCAAAAUUAUAAAUUCACAAGAUUCAUCUAUAUACACUUAUAUUGGAGUUAAACAAUUUACAAGUGAAGAAGAUCAAAUAAUACUACCGAAAUAUAUAUUUACAAAGUUAUCUAAUCCUGAAACAAUUGUGAUCGAACUACAACAACACAUCCCAAAAUCAAAUUCCCUUAAAUUAAAACCAAAACAAUUUUAUGCAAAUAUAAAUAAUUGGAAAUUCUUUUUAGAAAAUAAAUUAAAUCAAUUUUAUACAUUAUUAAUCAAAGGUGACGAUUUAAUACUAGAAAUUGAUGGUUUGCGAUAUGAAUUAGAAGUUGAAGAAAUCAAUAACGACCCGAAGAUAAAAGUUGCAAGUAUAAUUGAUACAGAUGUGGUGCUUGAAAUAAUUCCAAUAAAUGAUGAACAAGCAAAAACUCAAUUAGAAUAUAUUAAUAAUGAACAAAUCAUAGAGGAGAUAAAAAUUGGAGAAGAACUUGACAUUAUAAAUUUAAAAUCUAUUUUAAAUGGUGGAUUUAUUCCUACAAUUAAUAAAGUUGAUAUUACCAAACUUGAUUAUUUAAAAAUUGAAUUAAAGGGAGAUGCUGAUUUUAUUGUUGGAAUGGAUAAAUUUUUAGCAAUUGACUCAUUUACAUAUUCAACUAUGGAUAAAGAAGAGAAAAUUGUUGAAUUAGAUUUGAAACAAGAUAUAUUUAAAAAUAAAUUACUUAAAUAUAAAGAUAUUACGGAGAUUAAUGGCGAUACUGAUAAUGAUGAAAAAUAUAUUUACAUUGUUGCAUUCACUUGGGAUCAAGAAGAAAAUGUAAGUAUAAAUAUUACUGAUCAAAUCGUUAAAGAAACAUCUUCUGAUUUACCAAACGUACCGACGACUCAAUGUUCAAAUUGUUUAAAAUUCAUUCCUUCUGAUAAACUCAUAUUACAUGAAAAUUUCUGUAAGAGAAACAAUAUCAGAUGUCCCAAUUGUAAUUCAAUUUUCCAUAAAACUAUCCCCGCAACUCAUUGGCAUUGUGAUAAAUGUGAUGCAUUUGGAGAUACUCAAAUAUCACAAUUUAAACAUUACAAAUUAUAUCAUUCACAACAACAAUAUAUAUGUUGCACCACCCAGUUUAAUACAUUUUUUGAAUUAUCUCAUCAUAAAUCUACAAAUUGUCCCCACAAGUUACAUCAGUGUAGAUUUUGUCAUUUAAUUGUACCACAAGAAUUAUCAACUUAUCAAGAUAAAUUUGAAAAUUUAUCACAUCAUGAAAAUAUAUGUGGAAAUAAAACAAUUGAAUGUUUUAAAUGUACCAAGAUAAUAAGAGUUAAAGAUUUCCCAAAACAUUUAAAAUUACAUGAAAUUAAUAAAAUUCAAUUUAAUAAUGAUAUACACUUCAAUAAAUGUUCAAAUUUAAAUUGUAUACAAGAAUUAUCAUCAUCAAAUGAAUUAGGACUUUGUGAUAUUUGUUAUGGUCCAUUAUAUAUUAAUCAACAUGAUCCCCAGAAUUUAAAACUUCAAUUAAGAAUUGAAAGAAAAUAUAUGAUUCAAUUAAAUAAUGGUUGUAAUAAUUCUUGGUGUAAUAAUGAAUAUUGUAAAACUGGUAACCCCAAAUUACAACAAAAUUCAAUGAAAGAUAAUUUAUUUUUGUUAAAUGAUAAAUUAUUUAAAAAUAUUUAUAAACCAAGUCUACCAAUAAAUUCAAAAUUUUCAAAUCAUAUUGGUUCUGAAUCUAAAAAUAAAUUAUGGUUCUGUGUUAAUGAAUCAAUUUCAAAUAAAAAAUUAAUAUUUGAUAUUAUAAAUUCAGAAAAUGAAUAUGAUGAAUCAUUAAUAUAUAAAUCAAUAAAUUUAAAUUCUGAUGAAUUUAAGAUAAGACUGUGGUUAGAUAAUAAUGGAAUAAAAAGAAUUUAG